UUCGAAGAGGGUCGAUUUUGGGCGCAUAUUUAGGUCGUCUAGGCCGAACCGGUGUUGAGUUUAGUUUAUCUUGGACUUCGUUGACUAGAUUCUUGUUAUCCAGUGAGUAUAUUGAUAUUAGAGAUCUUUGUGGUGAGACUAUAAUUAACGGGCGAACUUUGAGCGACUCCAGGCUGACCUUGUGAGUGUCCAUCUAAUAACCAGAACCAAAUGAGGACUAUAAACAUGUGUGAGGAAUUAGAAUUAGAAUUUACAGCUGAUGAUUAAGGUUAAAAAUUAGAUUUUGGUUUUUCAUCAUGAACUGAACUCAGAUAGUGACAAAACUCUAUUUAUCCGGAUGAAUGAGGGAAUUCCGCGCCAAAAUCCGAGACCUGUUAUCUUAUACGUGAUUGGUUCGUUCAUAGAUCAUAGUCUCGCCAGAUUUACAUGUUUGAAAAGUCUAUUGAGCCAGUUAAAUGUCAUUCAGUUGCACAAGCUGUCGACUUCCUAAUACAGAGAACUGAUACUAUCUCUGGAAAAUUAGAAACGAAACUUUCAGACACUUUUUUUCUUCUGUUUUCUCAUUUUGUGUUUCUUUUGAUAUGUCGGGCAACUAUAUAUUCACUUGUCUACCGCGUGGUGAUUACGUAUUAAAAGAAUUUUGCAACGGAUAUGUACAGUGUUCCCAUAUUCAUAUGCACUCAUCUUUGCUUUUCACAAUAUAUUAGGAUUCAUCACCAUAUUUUCUAAUUUUACGUGAUUUUCAGCUUAAUGUUCAGUUGUUUCCCAUGUCAACUCAUUUUAAACAUAUAUGCAAAAUGUUUGUGGACUAUUUAUGCAGUACGUGACAAUGUCUUAAGAAAUUUAACACUACUAUCUCAGUAUAGGUCGUUUUCAGCUAUGUAGUUGUUUAUAUUUUAUUUUUCACCUUGUCCUGAAGCACUCUGCUAACAGUUUCUGAGAUUUCUACUGGUCAGUAAAUGUUUCAUUUUUAGGUGUUCCACUUCGCUAGUGCAAAAUACGGUCACCAAAAAUAAAUGAUAUUCGUAUAUCACUAAAUUUUGAAUAGAAGUGCUUUUGAGGUGUUGCUCAUAUAUGUUAGGACCACCGAGUAAUCUAUGUUGAGUUCAGACAUGGGAUUUUAAAGAUGGGAAGUCGUCUGGCGACAAAAUAAAUCCUUAUCGACUUAGAUAGCGGCUGUAUGCAUUAUAUACCUAACCACCACCUACGUUGGCGAGAUAUUUUCUGAUGUAGGGUGGUUUGAGAGAAAGCUGUGGGUAGCCAAGCAAAUACAUCAGUACGUGAAGCCAAUAACCUUUGCUCUGAGCCAUGUGGGGUAGAUCCAGACUACCUGAUUGGGGUCCUCGCGAUUAUCGAAGGCAAUGAGUGGAGAUAAUGAGUAACAAAUCAAAAUUAGUUAAAAUGGUGCAAAUGCAUUCACUUUUUGUUUCUUCUUAGGUUUUCGGAAUACCUUGCAAUUUUAUACUCUACAAGCUCAUUUUCUAGAAUCAUAUUGUCUAUGAUUAGUCCUUUAUAAUGCUAUUGGUACUGUUAUUGCUUCUACUACUCUAAGAUUUGUCUUGAUCAUUUUAUAUCUUUAUACUUAUAUUGUAUAAUACCACAGAUACACAUGUUUGUCAGAUUAAUGUUCAUCAUAACCGGUAAAUGCAAGAGCGAUCCUUGUAACUGUUUUACAUAUUUUUUCCUUACUAGCGGUCUCACUUCACAUACCAAGUAAAUAGUAUGUCUACGAAGUCAGAAUUCAGUCGGUUGUAAUCAGCCUAGCAAAAAUUUGUUAGCCCAAGUUGCCGUUUUACGUAAAGAAAGCUUGAUGUAAUUAAUAAAUAUUUGAAAUUUCUGUAGUGUGUGUUAAUGAAAAGAAUUAGUUAUUUGACAACUGGUCUUGAGAAAAAAAGAUAAAUUGGGAAAUAUAAGGUAUGGAAGUAUAUUAAAGCUUAGGGCUUGAGGAAAGAUUAAAAAAUUGGUCUAUUUACACCACUCACACCGAUUCUGAACAAAGUUACUCAACAUCUCCAACUCCGGAUUACGGUUGUUCCCAGACCCCAACCAGGUAUUCUGUAUCUACUAAGAUGGCUCAGACCAGCGGCUUAUGAUCAAUCUCAUAUUUUUGUUUGGGCACCCUUAACUAUUUUUCCAUGUACUCCUCCACUAAACAAUAUCUCAUGUCAGCCAGUGGUUGUGUAUACGUGGCACGCAUCCGGUUUAUCUCAGUUUAUGAAGAUUUACCAGAAAGGAUAUAAAAUAAUUACCAAAGUAACCGAAACAAAUGAAUUAUUUUUAUCCAUAAAAUUGUAUUUAAAAAUAUGAAUAAAAUUUUGCUUAAUGCUUUCUCAAAAGCACCAUCUAUGUUUGGUUACAGUAAUGCUAAGUGUGGAAUGUUUUUAGUUUAGUCGAAUUUCUGUCAUGUAUAUAAUCAGUUACACCGAACCAUCUAAAUUGUUUAGUUUAUUCACUUGUUUUGUAGCUACCGACCCAUACAUUUGUAUUAAUACAGUUAUGAAUAUAGUCAAGUUUUGUGGAACUUGUGUAUGUAGGUAGCAUGUGACAGCCAUGCACAGACAUUUACAUACUUUGCAUCCAUAAAUUUUUUGCGAAAAAAUCUCAGCUGAAAUCAAUUUACAAAACCCUCAAACAUUCAAACUGUCUUGGUGAAUCUGAAUAUCUGUGGGAGAUUCAUUAAAUCCCAAAGAUAACACUGCACAAUCUCUUGUUAAUUCAUUGUUUUUCCACAGUUUUAAAAAUGGUAUAAUACCUAGCUGAUUGUUUGUACUAUAUGUUAAAUUAACCAAAUUUUAUUUCUAGCGCAAAAGUUUUAUGUCAAACUGGUAAUUCUUAUCUAUUUGCUUGAACUUUUCUAAAUAAACAGAUUUUGUUACUUACAUAGACAACAUCUACACCUCUAUAAUAUGGAAAAGGGUCAGACGUUUCGUAAACAGAAUAAAGAAAAAUUGCAAAAAGAAAGUCACAGUGAAAUCGAAAGGAAACGUCGUGAACGAAUGAAAUUAGAAACAGAAUUUCUACACCGUCAAGUACCACAUUCACAAUGUAAAGAUAAAUUAUCCAUUUUUCUUGCUGGAGCCGAACGACUUAUUCAUUAUAACAAUAAAUUAGGAAAAAGGGAAUAUAUCAUCAAUGAUGAAGAGUAUUCGCGAAUUGUUAUCAAUACUAUUAAUGGAUUUGGUAUACAUGUCAAAUGUUCCAGUGGUGAAAUAUUGUAUGAAGAAAACUCUGAAAAAGUACUUGAUAUUCCUCAAAGUAGUUUUCUAGGCAAAACAAUUUAUGAUUUAGCUGAACCAAGUGUUAAUACAAAAAGAAUUAUCACUGAUAGCCUCAUGUUUUAUGGUUCAGAGAUGCAACAAGCAAGAGAUGGACACCUCAUUUCACGAAAUUUCAUCAUUGCCAUGCGUUGCGGAUCUGGUAUUCCAGUAAAAAAUUGUAUACGUGGUUCUGAUGGUCAACUGUAUCGAUUUAUAGAAUUCUGUGGGGAUAUUGUUUAUCAAAAUGAUAGUGAUUGUUCCGAAGCUUAUUAUUUAUUCCGUGGUGUCUGUCGCCCUUUGGAUAUAGCCUGUCCAACUGUUCCCGAUAAUUCAUUUGACAAACCCACGUCACCUAAUAAAACUAUCAGUUCUGAUCAUGUUACUUUACGCAUUGGAGUGAAUACUUUGUCAAUAACAGAAGUUGUUGGAAAUUCACUGUCAAUACUUGGUUGGGAUGCUAAAGAUUUGUUGGACAAACAUGUUGAAGAAUUUGUUACCAUUCCUGAACAAAAUAUUGUCACACACGCAAUACAAGAAACUGUUAAAAAUGGCUUAUCUACAAUAUUUAUUAAUUGGUUAAACCAUGGGAAAACAAAGUCAGUGUACUUGAAAGCUGUGUUUACAGCCAUCCAAUUGAAUACCUUUCUUUACUGUAUUAUCUGCAAGCUAUAUUCAACUGAAUUUCCUGCGUUAACUCAAUCCAAACCAGAACCACAGACACCGGUUUUCAAAUCACAAGAGUACUCAGAAUUACAAGUAACUGAUAACGAAACAAUUGCUCCAUUUGACUGGAACGAUUCAUUUAACUACAACACUACAACUAAAAUGAAAUCAACUGAAUUUUCAAUGGGAUCAUGUCAGCAUACAACUAACAACAGCAUUAACAAUACACCAAUCUGUAGACCUGAUACAAUAAACGUUACAGAUGAACAUCAUAUUGAUCUAGCGAAAACCGAUGGGGAUGGACAUUUUCAUGCUUUGGAUAUUCCAUACAGAUCUAUGCAGGAAACAAAUGGACAAUGUUCAGUAACUAGUAUAUCCAAUAAAAAUGACACAACGCAUAUUGCUCCAUCUACAUGUACUUAUGGUGAACAUUUUGAAACACUUCAACAUCCUAUUUUCUCUCUUGGUGCAGAUGACAUGAUUUCUGUUGAAGCUAAUCAAACAAGUGACUCCAAAUACUUGCCAGAUAAUACAAAUGACUUAAAGUACAAUAAUAACGAUGGACAAGAUUGGCGCCAACUUCCAUUGAAUACUAGUUUCAGUAGUAUGUUUUCUGAAAGUGGACUACCUGAAUUAUUCAGUUCUGAUUAUAUAAAAGAUUUGAUUGAAGAAGAUGUAACCGACCUGUGAUAUGUUUUUUUUUCUUUCAAUAAUUUCAAAACCUUUAAUACCUAUGAAGUAUGUGCAAUCAUCCUUUUUUUAAUUUUAAAACUUGAUUAGAGAACAAUUAUUAUUUUUCAAACGAUUGAUUUCACUGACUGCAUAAUUAUCCUCUGUACAAAAUACAAAAAAUAUUCUUGUGAAGUGAAAAUUCUUCAUUUCAUAAUAUAUUUUGUAUUAAAUGA